UGCCCGGGGCCCGGCACAGCCCUGCCCGCGCCGUGCCCCGCGCCAUGGCGAGGGGACAGCUGUCGGGGGGCGCCUGGGGGGCCCUGGUGCUGCUGGGGCUGAUGCUGCCGGCCGCCCCGGCGGGCGCCUGGUACAAGCACGUCGCCAGCCCCCGGUACCACACGGUGGGUCGCGCCUCGGGGCUGCUGAUGGGGGUUCGCCGCUCUCCCUACCUCUGGCGGCGGGAGCUGCCGGCCGAGCCCCGGCACCCCGGGAGCCCCGGCGGGGAGAGCCCCUCGCCCCCGGGCCGCCCCGGCGGGGAGCCCCCGGGCACCGCCCCGGCCCCGCCGCCACCGCCCGGCCCCGGGCGCCUCCUGCAGCGCCUGCUCCGGCGGGGCUGGGGCUGGGGCGGCCCCCGCCCGGCCCCCGCCCGGCCCCCGCCCGCGCCCCGCCAGCCUCAGCUCUUCCCUCUUGAAGACCUGGCUCUGAGCCGCUGACAGACGAGGUGGAGAUGCUUCCUGUGCCAGAGGAGCACUGGCUGCCCCAGGUGGGACCUGCUCCCCUGGCUGGCAGGGAAGGGUCUCCUCGGUGGAUCUGCGGGUACUCUGACCUCUCUGAAACCACACAGACACUGACAUCCCAAAACUCUGAUUUCUCACAGCCGCUGCCCAGCUGCAGCGGUAAAUCCAUCUUGUUUCCAGGCCAGCCCUGCGCUAUGAACUCGGGGAGAAAGAAACAGGGGAGAUAUUUAUUUUUGUUUAUUUUUUUUACAUUUCUGUACCGGCUUGUUUGCAAUCUGAUAGAAACAUGUACUGUUCGCUU